UUGAUGGCUUAUUUGUUGAAUCCUUUUUAUCAUUAUAAGGAUCCACUUCUUUAUUUGGAUCAAACUGUCUUGAUUGGGGUCAUUGAUUGUAUGGAUGUUAUCUUUUUGGGGAUAUUGAUAUGCAAAAUAUCAUUUUGAGUGAGGAGUUACCCAUGUAUAAGAAAAAGGAGUCUAUUUUUGGGGAACCCAUUGCAGUAAAAGCAUGUUCAUUGAAUGAUGACAAGUUUGAUCCAGCAAAUUGGUGGUCGACUUUUGGUGCAUUAACUCCUAACUUGCAGAAAAUUGCUAUGAAGAUCCUCUCUUUAACUACUAGUUCAUCGGGGUGUGAAAGAAAUUGGAGUACAUUUGAAGGGGUGCAUACAAAGAAAAGGAAUAGACUAGAUACACAUCGAUUAAAUAAUCUAGUCUUUGUUCAAUUCAAUGCAAAACUGAUGAACAAGAAAAAUAGGGAGAAAAAGAGGAAUAUUGAGGUUCUUCUAGCAAGUGAUGCAAGUUCUGCACAAGAUUGGAUUGUUGAUGGGGCUGAUGAUGAAGUUGAACACGACACGGGCAUGACUUGGAAAGUUGUUAGUGAUGCUAUGGGAGCAGAUGAAGCGCUUAGGCCUAGAAGAAGUAGUAGACUUAGAGAACUUGUGGAGGAUGACUUUCAAUCCGAGAGUGAGGAGGAAGUGAGUGUGUAUGAGUUUGAUUUUGAAUCAGACGAAGAGCAUGUCAUAAAAGAAUAUGGAGAAGGAGAGGAAUUUUCCUAAGGAUUUGUAGUACAAACUAAUGUUAUGAUUGUUAUCUUUGUAGUAUAUACUUUGUAGUUUGUAGUUUGUACUAGACUACUAGUUUGUUUCCAUGUUUUCUUUCCUUUGAAGUUGGAACUUUGAAUACUUUGAUGUUAUUUGCUAUUUAGCUUAGGCUACUUGAUGUUCAUUUUGAUAUCUCUUGCUAGUUGUUACUUGUUUUGAAUUUUGGUAUUUC